AUGGAUUUCGAACAGACUCUGGACGAGGCAACUCCUUUAUUGAAUGGCGCAAAUGUUAAGCCUAAAGUUGUAAAGGAGAAACCAUCCCCUUGGUACAUUAUCGUACCGGUGUUCGGAUUUGCUUUUACGUUAGGUUCUAUUGCAGCACCACUCGUUGAAGGCCUCACCAUUAUCUUUUGCUACAAAUAUUAUCAAGCUCACUCGAUAAGUGACUCUGAUAUUCCAUUGGAUCAAUGCAAUAUUCCUGAGGUGCAAGCGAUUGUCUCUCGAGUUCAAGCGUUCAUCAUGUUUUUAUCUUCUGGAUCAUCUCUCCUCUUAGCUGGGUAUUACGGCGCGCUUUCUGAUCGCAAAGGCAGAGUUACUGUUCUAAAAAUCUCGGUCAUUGGCAGCAUUAUCUCAAUGGCAAGCUUUAUCUUAACUCUCAAGUACUACAACAUAUUCGAUGUCUAUUUAAUCUUUAUUGGCUAUGUUAUCCGUGGAUUGCUGGCUGGCGACUCUGUCCUGGUUUCAACUGCUCAAGCAUACAUCUCUGAUUGUACUACAUUAACCAACAGGACUCUUGUAUUUAGCCAUAUGAUUGCUGCUCUCUAUUUAGGAACCACAUUGGGACCGUCCUUUAGUUCUUAUUUAAUCAAGCAGACUGGAACUAUUGCUAGUGUUUUCUGGAUGGUUAUUGUUAUUCAUGUCACUUUCUUGAUAUAUUCUACCUUCGUCCUUCCCGAAUCCAAGGAUAUCAGCGAGUAUAAAGAAAAGCCUAAUCAGACAUUCUUGCAGCGCAUCAAUAUCUUUUCUGCAAUCAGCGUCCUCUUCCACACUUCUUCCAAGCAUGCCAAUCGAUGGGCACUUCCUAUUAUUUCCAUAAUUCAAGUUCUAGUCACUGUUCUGCUAAUUCCACCUACUUUGCUCUAUGGUAUGCUUCAGUUUGGUUGGACAGCUUAUGAGGGCGGCUUUUUUGUUAGUGUCACCUCCUUUUCUCGGUUGUUCAUUAUGCUGGCGGUUCUACCACUUAUCACAAAACUGUUUCACAAGUACAAGCCAACUGAGAAAAAGACCGCUAUAGUAAAACGAGAUGCGCCCAAACAGGGAAGCAGUUCUUCGUCAUCACUAGACACUCUUCAAGACGAUAAAGUCCCGUCGACUGUAUCUGAGCGUGAUAUUCAAAACACUAUUUUAUUCGAUGCAUGGCUGGUCCGUUCAGGUCUUUCGGUCGAAAUUGUUGCCUUUAUUCUCUUUGGUUUGGUCAAUACAUCCACUGCCUUCAUCUGGACUGGCCUCUUACAGGGUUUUGCUGUGUUAGCUGCUCCUGGUAUUCGAUCACUGGUGUCAAAUCUUUCUGAUGAAUCACAGCUAGGAAAAGUUUGGGGUGCCAUGGCAACACUGGAAUCCUUUUCAAUAAUCGUAAGUCAAGUGGGUAUCAAUAGCAUCUAUAGUGCUACUGUAGGCACAAUGCCUUAUUUUACCUUCUUUGUAUGUGCUGGUGUGUCUGCACUUGCAGCAUCACUAGCCUUUUUCAUCUACCCCGUCGAGUCACAGUGUGAUGAAGAGGAUUAA